AUCCGAGGUCGCUCCAAGCCUUUCGCAUUCCGCCGUUCCUUGGCCGCCGUUGAUGCGGGUGGCGCCCGGCAGCGGCCUCCCGGAGCUGGACGACAGCAGAUCGGGGUCGAGGGACGCCGGCCCGCUCCGGCGGCGGCGGCAGCGACGGACGCGGCGUGCGGCGGGGGUGCCCCCCACGAUGGCCGCACCCGCCGCCGUGCAGCGGCUCUUCGAGGCAUGCCGCGAGGUCUUCUCUGGCCCUGGCACGGUGCCACCGCCGGCCGGCGUUGAGAGAAUCAAGUCCGUUCUUGAUAGUAUUACAGCAGCAGAUGUCGAUCUAACGCCCAAUAUGUCAUAUUUCCAACGUACUGACCCCCGUGGCACUCCUAGAAUAACUUAUUUGCACCUUUACAGGUGUGAGGCUUUCUCGAUUGGGAUCUUCUGUUUGCCUUCAAGGGGGGUAAUUCCUCUCCAUAAUCAUCCUGGCAUGACUGUGUUCAGCAAGCUUCUGUUUGGUGCCAUGCAUGUGAAGUCUUAUGACUGGGCAGCUGCUCCACAAGGUACAACUGAUGUUCAACUGCAAGGACCACGUUUGGCAAAGGUGAAGGCUGAUGGUAUAUUGACUGCACCUUGUGAAACAUCGGUACUAUAUCCUGAAGACGGUGGUAACAUGCAUUGCUUUACCGCACAAGAUGCUUGUGCAGUGCUUGACGUCCUUGGCCCACCAUAUGAUGAUGCCAGUGGAAGGCACUGCCAGUACUACAAUGUCUCUUCCUCUGCAACUUCUGUUGGAGAUUCGAUGUCAUUGCCUGGAGGUGACAGAUAUGCAUGUCUGGAGGAGAGUGAACCACCACAAGAUUAUUAUCUUGUCGGGUCAACAUAUAUGGGCCCAAGAAUUCUGGACCAUUGAACUCGUACGCUUGUUUCUUGGAGGACGCGAUGCAGCUGUGUUUGGUGUGAAGACAUUGCUGGAAGGAAUACAAACAAAGGGAAAUCUGAAUGCAGAGAGCUGUGCCGCAAGGCUUUCGUCGGUCAUAACUAGAUCACUGCUCAUCAUUACUUCAAUUGGAAGACAGGAAAGGCUUAGUAAUGAGCAUCAAGAACAAAGAACUGCUCGGUAAAUCGGAGGUUAUGUAGCCCCUUGCUGUACAUCUUUUGUUGUUCUUUAUCUUAGUGUUUUGUAACUGUAUCCGUACCAAUUAGCAUGAGAUUUCGUCCUAUUCAUUCUUGGGUUCCCAAAAUGUUGACUGAUUGAGAUGAACUUCUGCAAUGAUGCCUGGUUGAGAUGAAGUUAUUCAACUGCAGUUAUUUUCCUUCGCUGAACUUAUACCUUUCACUUUGGUACUGUAUACUCUUUCCGUACUGGUAGGAAGAAACGAUAAUCGAUAAUUUUCUAUUAUGCCUAAAAUCAUCACACAUAUUGUUCUCUGAUUUAUCCAGCUAGAACUGCUUACAGAAUAUGUACGAUGCUAUUGUUACUUAGCUGGGUUCACAGUAAAAACAUUUUUUGUUCAUCGAACUCCGAUUUGUUUUGCUCUGGGGAUUCGCAUUAGGCUCAUUUCUUUUCAGUUUUCCUCUGCCCUUCGUGUCUGAUAUGCAGCACACAACUUGCAGAAAUAAGGCAUGCUGUAGUUCACCAGUUCAUCCUAUACGGUGAGCAUAAAUGAUCUGUUCACUAGUUUGACGGCCUCAUCAAAGAUCAGAAAAGUGGGAGAAAAUUGAUCAUAUUGAAGAAUGGUGGGGCAUGGUGACUGAUGAGAAGUACUGGUUGGUCAUCGUUAUCCAAGUUCAUCAAGUUGCAGGCAUGGUUCAGUUAUCCACUCGGAUUUUGGGCUGAAUUUAUUUUUCUUUUCCACUCGGAAAUCCCAAGUUGCAGUCAUGAUUCAGUUUGAUUGCGACCUGGAUCAUUCACAAUUACAUUUGUAUUCUUUCCGGUUACGAUGUCAAACUUGCAUUGUCACUUGAGAUGAGAGAAGUCUCCUGGCUUGCAGUACAUUAUUGUCACAGCCCAAGCUGCCGAUGCAAGUGUUCACAAGCUACAAAUCCAGGGUUGACAUGUAAAUUGAUGAGUUGCUAAACACAGAGGUUGUUUCCUCACACCUACUGACAUUUGAAUUAGUCAUAUUCUUUUA